AAAUUUUCCCACUCACCUCCAAGCACUCACAACUAAUUCAGAGCACCAGAGCUCCUUCAGCUCGUCUCUAGAGAGAGAGAGAGAAAUUGAGAAAAUUUCGCUUCAUGGUGUAUAUGGGAUGGAGACCACCAAUACAGUAGCACCGUUCAUCCUGAAAACUUAUCAAAUGGUGAGUGAUCCGAUGACAGACGGUCUCAUCACUUGGGGCAGAGCCAACAACAGCUUCAUCGUCGUUGACCCACUAGAUUUCUCUCAGAGGACUUUACCCGAACACUUCAAGCACAACAAUUUUUCAAGCUUUGUUCGUCAGCUCAACACCUAUGGUUUUAAAAAGGUUGAUCCGGAUAGGUGGGAGUUCGCAAAUGAAUGGUUUCUUCGUGGACAGACCCAUUUACUGAAGAACAUUGUCAGGAAGAAGCACGGUAGGCACAAUAAUUCUGUCCACCACAAGCAUGAAGAUGAGGAAGAUGAGGGGAUAUUGAUGGAGAUAGAGAGAUUAAAGCAAGAACAGAAGGGUUUGGAUCAAGAACUUGAAAGCAUGAACAAGAGAUUAGAGGCAACAGAGAGAAGACCGCAACAGAUGAUGGCUUUUUUGCGUAAAGUUGCGGAAGACCCAGAUAUAUUCAAAGCAAUGAUGCUCCGGAGAGAGAGAACCAGAAGGUUUAUGAGAGAGAAGAAGAGACGCUUGAUGAUACCUUCAUCACUCUCUUCAUCGGAAAUGCCGCCGCCGGCGACUAUUUCAGUCAAGAGUGAAGCGGAAGAAGCUAUUAGCACCGCCUUACAUGGAGGAGCAUCAAUUUCAUCGCCGGAGGCAAAUUUUGAUAUGGGUGUUUUCUAUCAGUCAUCGCCGUCGCCGGAGACACCGUCCACGGCGUGGUUGAGCCAAAGUUUAGUGAUUGGUCGGCCUAUGAUUACCCAAGAACAGUAUAGUUGCGCCACCACUAGCAGUUCUAGUUCAUUGUCGCCGGGUUCUUCAAUCGGAAUCGGUGGUUUCACGGCGGAUUCGCCGACAAUGGAUACUGCCGCCGCUGGGUAUGAGAACUCAAGUGGUGGAGAUGUAGGCACCUUUGGAGUGGCGGCGGCGGCUGAGGUGGAUGCCAGCCCACUGCCGCCUUAUCCGUUUUCACUUUUAGGAGGUGGUUUUUAGUUUCUGUUACAAGAUUUAUCUUGGAUUUUGACUUUUGUAUUAGUUACUUAUUUUUUGUUCUUUUUGUAAAAAAAAGUUAUCAUGUAAUUCGCAUAAUUUCCUGUUCAUUUAUCAUACAUUUCA